CUGUUUCUCUGACACAGACUCAAUUCCAUCCGCGGCUUUAUCUCUCUCUCUCUCUCUCUGCAGAUCAAAGAGAAAGCUUUCAGAUAAACUCUCCCCCACUUGAUCUUACAAUUCUCCAUUCUUACAGUUUUUUUUUUUUCUUUUCUGCUGUUUCAUUGCAACCUUUGAUUUUGUUGUUGUUCAGUAAGGAUAUAUAUCUAUGGUGGGAAUCUCUUAAAGAAUCUGUCGGUUGCAUUUUUUUGUUUAGCUUCAGACACCAGAAAGAUUAAAUUUUUUUGAAGUACAAGUGAUCUGUGUGUGUGUGUGUGUGUUUUGAUGGGGAAAGGUAGACAGUGACAAAAACAGAAAUAAGAUGAAUAUAUAUUAUUAAACAUAGGUAGUCUUGAUGUGGGUUUUGCUAGAAAUGUUUGAGCAAGUCAUAAAGUUUUGAUCUUGGUGAUGAUGUUUCAUUAAAUUAAUGUCGGUGCUUGUUUAGAGAGAGAAAGAAAGAGUUUAGAGAGAGAAACAAAAAAAAAAUGGGAUCUGGAAAUGGGUUUUACCCGGAAGAAGAGUUUAGUUUGGACCCCAAAUGGUUGGUGGAUCCGAAGCUUCUUUUUGUCGGGCCAAAGAUUGGUGAAGGCGCCCAUGCCAAAGUGUACGAGGGAAAAUACAGAAACCAGAAUGUAGCUAUCAAGAUCGUUCAUCGGGGAGACACGCCGGAAGAGAUUACCAAGAGAGAGGGCAGAUUCGGCAGAGAAGUUGCGAUGUUAUCCAGAGUCCAACACAAGAACUUAGUUAAGUUCAUCGGAGCUUGUAAAGAACCUGUAAUGGUGAUAGUAACGGAGCUUCUACUCGGUGGGACAUUGAGAAAGUACUUGCUGAAUUUACGACCUAGGUGCCUCGAUAUGCGAGUCGCUAUUGGAUUUGCUCUCGAUAUUGCUCGUGGAAUGGAAUGCUUGCACUCACAUGGCAUCAUUCAUCGUGAUUUGAAACCUGAAAACUUGCUAUUGACAGCAGAUCAUAAAACAAUCAAACUUGCGGAUUUCGGUUUGGCAAGAGAAGAGUCGUUGACAGAGAUGAUGACAGCCGAAACCGGAACUUAUCGUUGGAUGGCUCCAGAGCUCUACAGUACAGUGACACUUAGACACGGAGAAAAGAAGCACUACAACCACAAAGUGGAUGCCUACAGUUUCGCCAUCGUGCUUUGGGAGCUCAUACAUAAUAAGUUACCCUUCGAAGGCAUGUCGAAUCUGCAAGCCGCCUAUGCUGCUGCUUUUAAAAAUACAAGGCCGAGUGCGGAAGAUCUCCCGCAAGAUCUAGCUUCGAUAGUGACAUCAUGCUGGAAAGAGGAUCCGAACACACGUCCGAAUUUCAGUCAAAUAAUACACAUGCUCCUUAAUUAUCUAUCCACCAUAUCACCGCCAGAGCCAGCUAUACCCGCUCGUAUAUUCACGUCGGAAAAUGCCAUAUUCCCACCGGAAUCUCCCGGAACCAGCUCUUUGAUGGCCAAGAGGGACGACAACUGUGAAACGCCCAAAACGCCCCUCGAGAACAAGCCUAGGGGCUUUUUCUUCUGCUUUAACCACUGCUACUAAAAUAUAAAAUAAUAAUAAUAAUAAUUAAUAAUUAUUACUAUUAUUAGACAAUAUUAUUUGGUAAUAACUGUGGUUUUGAUCUGACUAAUCAAGUGCAAGAGCUUGUAGAAUUAUGGAGUCUUGGGUUGCUGUGAUGUAUUAUUAUAUAUAUAUAUAUAUAUUUUAUAUAUAUAAUUGUAUAAAAAAAUAAUAAUAAGGUCCAUCCAAAGGCCUUUUACUCCAUUGAUUAUGUUUAGUAUUUUCAUUUAUUAAUAAUAAACUUUUAUUAUGGUCUUUUUUAUCGUCUAAACUUUUCAUGUAACGGGCACGAAUCGAUUUGAACGAAGAAAGUGCAGAUAGAGGAGCUGCGUAAAGAAAGAAUUCAGAUGUUCGAGUUGUGUACAAGAACGACAUAUGAUUUAAAGAGGGAGUAUUUAAUAUUUUAGUGAGUCAUAUUGAUGUAUAUUGUAAAUCUGAAUUAUUGAAAUCUUGAUUGCAGGUUCUUAUGAAUUAUUUUUUUAUUUUUUA